AUCCUCUGCCGGUGGCCACAGCUUAGUAAAACCAUAUAAGAGAAUCAGCUCGAGACAUUGGAUAUAUUCGAACUUCAGCUGAACGUUAAAGCAAUGUGACUCAAGGCCGGGAUCCUCGUUCCGGCUAUGGACAAAGUUGGGACGGUUCAGAAAGUUCAGGGGCCAAAAUGAAAUUAACCCGAAAGAGUUCCUAGGCCAAGCAACGGAUAAGGGAAGAAAGAGACCUUCCCUCUCUUCGAGUCCUCUGUUCUUUCUUACAUUUGCUUACGCGGCGGACGCUCUGAUGUGACCUCUCCCGUGCCGGCAAUGGCCAUCGUCACCGCCCCGGUGCAAGUUAGCAUUGGUCGGUUCACAUCGUUGAGUUCCUCUCGUCCCUUCUCGUCGACUCCAGCCCAGAGACCGAGAAAGCCCCCUGCUGUGAAGUGCUCACACCACGCCCCUGAGUGGGGGCAGGCGCAGAGCAGGCGACUGGUCUCCAUGUCUCUCCUCCUCUCUCACUGCAUCCUCCUCGCAGACCAGGCUAAUGCAGGCAGCUUUUUCGACAAGUAUGUAAAGAGAAAAAAGCUUGAUCCUCUAGAUGCUUACGUACCUGCUGUUAUAUUGACCGAGCUGCAGAUUAAGGAUUUAGAGAAAAAUCUUGAGGGUGAAAAACCUGAAUUCUCCAGCUGCCGAUCAUUACUACGUUCUGGGCCGGCAGCAUCUUUCCGUGUUAAUAUUCGAGCCGUGGCACAGUAUGCUUCAGACAGUGGGAAUGGUAAAACUGCUUUCGACGAUGUUGAUCAAUGUCUCAGAGCCCUCGAAGAACUCGAUUCCUUACUCCUACAUGCUUCCAGAAAUGAACCAGACGCCUCAGUAAACUCCAUGAAAGCAAAGAUUGGAGUCGCCCUUAAUGCACUCGAUGGUCUCCUCAAAACUGUACCUCAAGACGUGUUGGAGAAAGGAAAAGCAAUAGCCGAUGCUUACAGAGCUCCAGAUGACGGGGAACCCGAACCUGAUAUCUCGGACCCAGAAAUUAAGCAGUUGGAAUCGAUAUUAUGAUUCCGAGAUGAGCAUGUCUCUUUCUACACUGAUUGAUACUUCAGUAUGAUAUUAUAUGAUACCUGCCCCUUCCGUCUGCUCUCUCACAGCACCGGCUUUAUUGUUCACAGAAAAUGUAUAUGAUCUAACAACUGUAAAAUUGCGUGGCUUGAAUUUUAGCCGUGUCCUUCUAUCGUGGUUUUUGAGCACGCUUUCA